AAAAUAUUGUUCUGAGGGAAAACCAAACCAAAAAAAAAAAAAAUUGUUCAUGUUCUCUAAUAUUACUUUACUCUUUUUCAUGUUGUGUUAUUAAAAACGGACGUUGGUAGUAUUUUGAAAGUAUUAUUGGGUUUUGGCUAAUGGUUAUUAAACUAGAACAAAACUGAUUUAAAAUAACUGCGCACGAAAUAUUUUUUUUCACUCUCAUUAUUGCACGUUAUAAAAGAUUAAAAAUGCCGAGGUUAAAUGAAAGAGAACAAAACUGGAUAUUAGAACUAUACAAACAAGGUUUAAAUAUGACGAAAAUUAGUGCACGAACGGGAUUUACACUCCCAAAGACAUACCAAGUGAAGGAGCGCCAAGUAAAAAAACAAAAAAAGAAGGUGUCUAAGACUCCUGUUGCGGUCAAAGUUGAAAAGCGUGAGAAGUUACACAGUAAGAAGAAAUUGAUCGCCACAAAUCAAGGUUGCCACAAAUAGUCUAAACAUGGCGGGUCUACUUCCACCUCCGGAAAAGCUCGACCUCGAUGGGGAUAAUGGCACAAUUGCCAUGCGUUGGGAACGAUGGAAGAGGGUGUUCAAUAUUUAUAUUGAUGCUACGGAAAUCAAAGGCGCUGAGAAAAAAAGAGCGACAUUGUUACUCUUAGGUGGACCUGAUUUGCAAGAGAUUAUUUAUAAUCUACCUGGAGCUUACGUUGUCACUCCUGCAGAAGGUGAAGAUGUUUUUAAAACGUCUAUUGAAAAACUGGAUGGAUACUUUCUCCCAAAGGAAAACAAAAUUUAUGAAAGACACUUAUUUCGCCAGAUAAAACAAGAGGAAGGAGAGAAGUUUGAAAAGUUUGUUAUUAGACUUAGAAACCAAGCAUCAAAGUGUAAAUUCACAAAUACAGAUGAAUUCCUAAUCGACCAAAUCGUUGAAAAAUGUUCGUCAUCAGAACUUCGGAAAAAGAUACUUACUCUGGGAAAUGAUGUUACACUCGAUAAAAUUAUAAACGAAGCUAAUACUCUAGAAGCGGUAGAACAUCAAUUGGAAGGAUAUGGAUUUAAUAAGAAUGUGGCAACCACCAGUGCUGAUGUUAAUGCCAUUGGUAGUCAUCCAGCUAAACCAGGCCCAAGUAAAACAGGAAACCGUAAAUGUGGCAGGUGUGGCUACGCGGCGCAUAGUCUACCCAAUCAAGAAUGUCCUGCGAAAAAGAAAAAAUGUCAUGCGUGUGGUAAAUUAGGACAUUUCAUUGCGUUAUGCAGAUCAAGACCACAAAAACGGAAAAUGGAUAAUAAACUGAAUGAUGACACAAAAAACAAAAGGAUUAGGAACGGGAAAGAAACAAACUGCAUUGAUGAUGGUAAUUUACCGGAAGAUGUACAAUACGUAUUUAACAUGAAUGAUGACUCUACGAUUGAAUGUAUAAUAGGAGGGAUUAAAGUAAAUAUGUUGAUCGAUUCGGGGUGCAAGCUAAAUCUCAUUACUGACAAGACUUGGAAAACUUUGAAACAGAAGAGAGUGAUGGUGACCAAUCAAGUUAAAGGGUCAAACAAAACCCUGUACCCUUAUGGAAGUAAAACACCCUUGGACGUGAAAGGUACAUUUGAAACCAUCAUUGGAACGAAUGGGAAAUCUGUGCAAGCUGUGGUGUAUGUAAUUAACGAUGGAUCGAGAGAUUUAUUGGGAAAGGAAACUGCCAUGAGUUUGGGAGUGUUAAAAUUAGGUGUUGGAGUUAAUGAAGUGUCACAAACACACCAACCGUUCCCGAAAUUUAAGGAUGUACUCGUUGAAAUACCCAUUGAUGAUACCUGCAAAUCUGUGUCACAGCCUUAUCGAAGAAUACCAAUUCCGAUCGAAAAAAAAGUCGAACGCAAAAUACAGGAAUUACUCGACGCAGAUAUAAUUGAAGAAGUACAUGGACCUUCCAAGUGGAUUUCACCUGUGGUACCUAUACUUAAAGAUAAUGACGAUUUACGACUAUGUAUAGACAUGAGGCGUGCUAAUUCAGCUAUAUUGAGGGAAAACCACCCCCUGCCGUGCAUGGAUAAUCUGUUGCCCAAGAUCAAGAAAGCCCAAUACUUUUCAAAAUUAGAUAUAAAGAACGCAUUCCACCAGGUGGAAAUACAUCCCAACUCCAGGCACCUAACGACUUUCAUCACUUCCAAAGGCCUAUACCGAUACAAACGAUUGAUGUUUGGGAUCACUUGCGCACCCGAACUUUUUCAAAAGAUAUUGGAGCGAAUGUUGACCGGCUUAGACGGAGUUAUGAACUUCAUCGAUGAUAUCUUGGUUUAUGGGGAAAACGAGCAACAACACAAUGAACGAUUGGCAAAAGUUUUACAGACCCUAAAAGAAAACAACGUGUUACUGAACGAAGCUAAGUGUGUAUACAAAGUACAAACAAUUAAUUUUCUCGGACAUGAGUUGACACCAAAUGGAGCAAAACCGCUGAAAAAAUAUAUAACCAGCAUUGCCGAGUUUCGCGCCCCCAAAACGUUAGAAGAACUUCAAAGCUUCUUAGGUUUAGUCAAUUAUAUUAACAAAUGGCUACCUAAUCUCGCAACUAUGACUGAACCAUUAAAGAUGUUGUUGAGACUUAAGAAGGCAAAAAAGGCAAGCAUAGAGGACUUAUGGACAGAUGACCAAGACAAAGCAUUUCGUCAGUUAAAGCAGGCGCUAUCUACUAUUAAGAGUUUGGGGUAUUACGACGCAGAUGACGAAACAAAAGUAAUUGCGGAUGCAAGUCCAGUAGGUUUGGGGGCCAUAUUGAUACAAACCGAUAGUAGAGGGCCAAGAAUAAUUGCUUUUGGUAAUCGAACACUGUCGAAGCUUGAAAGAAAAUACAGCCAGACAGAGAAAGAGGCGCUUGCGCUGGUAUGGGCUGUAGAGCACUUCAGCAUGUUUUUGUUUGGCAAGAAAUUUGACCUCAUCACGGACCAUAAACCUUUGGAAUUUCUAUUCGGGCCAAAGUCAAAACCAUGUGCGCGUGUGGAGCGAUGGGUUCUGCGUCUACAGAGUUAUCAGUUUAACAUCAAAUAUAAACCAGGAAAAGUCAACAUCGCCGACCCACUGUCUCGACUUUGCACAUAUUCAGAAAUCCCUUCAGGCAAUAUUGAAGAUUACGUCCAUAACAUAGUGGAACAGGCUCGCCCUUGUGCGGUAUCUAUGCGAGCUAUCAUCGAAGCCUCCGAAAAUGAUCCUGAAAUUAAAAAAGUUAAAAGAGGGAUUUAUAAUAAGGACUGGGAUGCAUCUGUAAAGGAAUUUAAGAUUUUCGAACAGGAGCUUUGUUUCUAUGACAAUAUUUUGUUAAGAGGCAGUCGUAUAGUCGUACCUAAAGUAUUGAGAAAGAGUGUCUUGGAUGCAGCUCAUGAAGGCCACCCAGGGAUAGUGGCCAUGAAAAGUCGCUUGAGAUCUAAAGUCUGGUGGCCACGCAUAGACAAGGAUGCUGAAACAAUAGUAAAACAAUGCAAAGGAUGCACGCUAGUAGGGCUGCCGACACCUCCAGUGCCCAUGAGACGAAGGGAAUUGCCUGUAGCCCCAUGGAUGGACGUAGCGUUGGACCUUCUCGGGCCGCUGCCGAACAAUGAAUAUAUAUUGGUGGUUAUUGAUUACUUUAGCAGAUAUAAAGAAAUUAAAUUCACUAAAGCCAUUACAAGUUCACAGAUCAUAAAAUUACUAAAGGAAAUGUUUAGUCGCUUAGGUUACCCUACCUCCAUCACUGCGGAUAAUGGCCGCCAGUUCGUAAGUGACGAAUUUAAAGAAUAUUGCCGACAGUGCAACAUAAAACUUUUUCACACGAUUCCCUAUUGGCCGCAGCAGAAUGGGGAGGUAGAGCGGCAAAACCGCGACAUUUUAAAACGGCUAAAAAUUUGUCAAUUCCAAAAACGAGACUUAAAGGAAUGCGUCUGGGAAUACCUAAUGAUGUAUAAUUCGACUCCACAUACUGUGACAGGGAAAACACCGGCUGAGUUGUUUUUCAGAAGACAGAACAAGGAUAAAAUACCUUCUCUACUAUACAGGGAACACAGACAUGAUGAUUUAGACGUUAGAGACAAGGACGCAAUACACAAGGAAAAGGGGAAGGAAUAUGGUGACAGAAAGAGAAAAGCUGCAGAGUCUACAAUAAGAGAAGGUGAUAAAGUCUAUGUUAAAGAUAUGGAAAGACAAAAUAAGCUAGCAACAAACUUUAAACCAAUCCCUCAUGUGGUGGAAAGCACUAAAGGUGGAGACGUACAGUUGAGAAAUGAAGAAACGGGGCAACAACUUAGACGUAAUGUUAUUCAUUUAAAAAGGGUCGAAGGAGAAUGGAAGAUUCAGGACGGAAACAAAGAGAACAUACAGAACAAUGAAGAUUGCGAAGAAAUAAUACAAAACUAUUAAUACUUAGAAACUAUAAGUGAUUAUUUUGUUAAUUUUGAUAUCGUAAAGUGAUUGAUUAGUUACUUACCGAGUUGGUAUUUGUGUCAAUAAAUAUAUUGAUUAUCCAGUGGUUGUUGUAAUUGUUAGCACACAUCUUUCUUACAAUUAUGAUAAGGAAGGGAUGUAGUGUUUGUGCAUAUCUAUGUCUCGAGUUCACGGGUAGCGGGGAGGCAGUCACGUGAGAGCUGUGAGCGUGUGCGGACGUACUUACCUGGCUACUGGUGAUAUAACGAGCCGAUACAUAAUACUUUGGAGUGCCUGUAGUAAGUGAGUACUACAGGGGCUUUUGCAGGUUUACCGAUGUCUGUAUUCCAAUGUUUGUAACAUUGUUAUUAUAAGAAAAAAAAAUAUAUA